AUGUGCCAUGCCUGGGUUGUACCAGCCAGUGCAGCAGGAACGUCCGCGGUCACGGGUUCUCCUCGGCAACAAGCGCGGCGGCGGCGGCGACGUCUGAGCGGUCGAGCGCGGCGAGUCGGGCGAGCGAGCGGAGCGGAGCGGAGCGGAGCGGAGCGGAGCGGAGCGGAGCCAGUCUCGGGCAAGCCGUCUGCUAGAUCGAGGGGUGGAUCCCACCGUGUCAGCCGCCGCGAUGCCGAACAUAAUAAAUGACAUAAAGCUGGACUUUAAGGAUGUGCUGCUGCGCCCGAAACGGAGCACGCUCAAGAGCCGAUCGGACGUGGACCUCUUCAGGGAGAUCACGUUUCGCAAUUCGAAACAAACGUACAGAGGAAUUCCCGUGAUGGCUUCUAACAUGGACACAGUCGGGACGUUUGAGAUGGCAAAAGCUCUGUCGAAGCAUGGUCUUUUUACUACGGUUCAUAAAUAUUAUACCGCAGAUGAAUGGAAAGACUUUGCCGCGCUAAAUCCCGAUUGCGUAAAGAAUAUAGCGGCCAGCUCGGGGACGGGAAAUGAGGAUUACGAGCGGCUCUCGAGCAUUUUGGAAGUCGUGCCGGAAUUGUCAUUUAUAUGCCUAGACGUUGCGAACGGAUACUCGCAGCAUUUUGUGGAGUAUUUGAGAAAAGUCAGGUCGCGGUAUCCGAACCACACUAUAAUUGCAGGAAAUGUUGUGACAGGGGAAAUGGUGGAGGAGCUGAUACUCUCGGGGGCGGAUAUAAUUAAAGUAGGAAUCGGCCCGGGUUCCGUGUGCACGACGCGGAUGAAGACCGGCGUUGGGUAUCCGCAAUUGAGCGCCGUGAUUGAGUGCGCGGAUGCGGCGCACGGCUUGAAGGGCCACAUUAUCGCCGACGGUGGGUGCACUUGCCCGGGAGACCUGGCGAAGGCGUUCGGUGCCGGCGCGGACUUCGUCAUGGCGGGCGGAAUAUUCGCGGGCCACGCCGAAUGUGGGGGCGAAGUUAUAGAGAAGAACGGCAAGAGGUUCAAGCUCUUUUACGGCAUGUCCUCCAACACGGCCAUGAAGAAGCACACCGGCGGUGUCGCGGACUACAGAUCCUCGGAGGGGAAAACUGUCGAAGUGCCUUACAGAGGUUUGGUCGAGAACACCGUGCUGGAUAUACUGGGCGGCCUAAGGUCCGCUUGUACUUACACGGGGGCCGAGCGUUUGCGCGAAUUGCCGCGACGGGCGACGUUCAUACGCUGCACGCAACAAUUAAAUCCCCUGUACGGGCCACCCCCGGAAAUGUAAAGCUUACGAUUAUUAAAUUAUGCUCUUUAGUGAAGGCUUAGGAAAGGAAAGUUUUAAACGCCAAUAUUUGUUGAUCGUGUAUUAUUUGCUGGCAAAUAAUAUUUAUAUAUGGAUGAAAAUGCAGUCUUGUGUGAAAUAUUUACCAUCGUGUCGUGUGACGACAGUCUAAGUAUUGCGAGUUAAUCCUUAAGUAUGCUCAAAAAAGAAAAUGGGAGAACGUUAUACAACAAUCCUUGGUGCACAAAUAAAGGAAUUUCGUUACAUUAAGUGUAUCACUUAUGGUAUUCUCUUACAAUCGUAUAUCAGAUUAUCCUACAACAAAUCGAUGCUUUAUCUUCCAAUUACAUCUCGUACUCGAACAACGAACGGGCAGUACUUACACACUUCGUUGUCGUUUUAUUAUGAAAUUCGAAUAUGCACUAUAUUUUACAAACCAUGUAUGAAAUUUGCACUGCACCUACAGUAACCUAUACCUAUUUAGUUCUUUACAGAAACUUUAUUUCUAAGUGAAAAUCUUUCGUACGUAUUUGCUAUUUGCUUCUCUUGAUCAGAGAAACUGGAAAGUUUUCUGUUGCGCCCGUCCCUGAAACAUUCGCCAAUGUUAAUUAAUUAUGUGCAUAAAGUAUAAAAUAUAACAGAAGAGAUUUCAAUUAAUAAAGGAAGAUCGAGUAUACGUAAAAAGAAAGAGGAAAAUAUUACUGUGCUUAUUAUAACGAAACAAAAAUGUAAUUCAUGAGGUUGUAAAUACCGAUAUUACAAGUUUGACAAUAUAAUUGAUUAAGAUACUUGCCAACAAUGUCAAUAUACGAAGUAGAAAACCUUCCUAUUAGCAUUCUAUCAUAUUUCCUAUAUUAUAAUCGCAAUAAAGUUUUCGUACAAGACAUCUCUGAAACUUGUACACACUAAUAAUCCUCUCCUAAUAAUUAAACGUGAUAUGAUGCAUGUAUAAGGUUUCCUGGUUUACAAUAUAUAUUUUAUCAUUCUAGUUUUAUUUUAUGUCUAUGUAAAGUAACAUUUAAAAUAUUAUGAAACAUCGUAAUUUGUAACAAAUUUCUGCGAAAAAAUAUCAGAGACAAUAUUUAUGACAACGGUCUCAAAUAUGAGCAUGUAUUCAUAAAAUAAAAAUUUGAAGUAACACAAAA